CGGGCCCGCCGCUCCGAAGUGCUGCUGCAAUGGGCUGACCACGGCGUGGACGCGCUCAACGGCAUGCACGGCCACUCCGGCGCACCUCUGUCGGCGCCCGCCAACCUAGGACAGCAGACCAGCUUGAAUGUUUUGGAGGACUGCUAUCUGGGCAUGGGCGUGAUGCCGAGCGAGCCAGGUUUGUGUGAAGAAGCCCUCCACGAGCUUGUCAGUAGCUCCGCCGUCUACUCCGACGACGGCGGCGCCCGGGCCCCGUACUCCAAGGAGCUGGUCUCCUGGCCUGAGGUGGGGGCCAGCCCUACCGACCUUCUGGGCUGCCUCACUCAGGAUGACAACGACUGGGCACCUGAUUGGCGACUGAAUUUGCUCCAGACGCCCGACGAGGCGCUGCAGGAAGCCCGGUACGCCAACGCCUACUUCCACCCGGCACCUCCGACGCGUCUGCCUACGGCGGCUGCGGCGUCCUCGGUGGAGUCGGGCGACCAGCCGCUGCACGUGGCGAGCGGCGACCUCGACAAUGCCUUCUACCGCCUCCGGCCCAUGUCGGGCCUCGAAGACUACUUCACUUUGCCGACGCUGUCGUCCACCCUGGCCGGCGUCACCGAGCUCGAAGGCGUCGCCCUCCCGGCGGGCACCCGCCUGGCGCCGCGCCUCACCAUCCUGCCCAUGGGGUGGUCGUGGGCGAUGCACUUCUGCCAGGCGGUGACCAUGCGGGCUAUCUCGGUGGCAAGCUUCUCGGACUCUCAGAUCGUGGAGGACGGCCGGGGCUACGUGGACAACUUCUACGUCUUCGGCCACGACCCGCGGCUGGUCACGCAGCGCCGGGACGACGUGUCCGCGAUCCUGAGGGGGUGGGGCCUCACGGUCCACGAGGAGACCGACGCCUCCACGGACGCCGUCUUGGUGGGGCUGGAGCUCAGGCAGGGCCGCUGGCUCUCGGUCAAGCGUCGCAACUUGUGGCGGUUGCGGGCAGCGCUGGACACGGUGCUGCGCCGGGGCUGCUGCUCAAGCAAGAUGCUGGAGGUCCUGGUCGGCCAUAUUUCGUGGGCCUGCUUGAUACGCCGGGAGCCGUUGUGUGUGCUGAGCGCCGUGUACCCGCACAUCGCGGCCGGCCUUCCCACGAAUUCCCCGAUGCGGGGCUCCGUGCGUGAGGAGCUCUGGCUGGCGCGGUCGCUGCUGCCCCUCCUCCAGAAGGACUUGAGCAGCCCGUGGCACGACAUCGUCGGAGUGAGCGACGCCUCCGAGUUCGGAGUCGGCGUGGCCGCGCGGUCUGUGCAGCCGAGCGUUGCGGCGAAGCAUGGCCGCCAGUGCGAGCGAUGGCGGUACCGUGUACAUGGUGCCGAGAGGGCGCGCGAGAGAGUCCUCCAACCUCAGCCCCUGCCAUCUUCCGCAUCGGGAACAGCUUCGCUGCCUACGGGACUGCACGGCCUGGACAUCGUGGGCCUCGAGUCCUCCAUCAGGGUGCACCCUCGGGAGUUCAUGGAGGUCCCCCGGGAGUUCUUCAACGGGGCACGCUGGGCUCCGGUUAUCGCCUCGAGGGUCGUCGUGCCCGACAACAUCUUAGCCUUGGAAGGGGAUGCGGGUAUCUUGGGUAUCAAGCACAUCUUGAGGCCUGGCACGGAGCGCCUCUGCCAGAUCUGCCCCCGGGCCUUCCUCCAGUUCUGCCUCGUGAAGACGAUCAGCUGGACGAGCGAGGCCGGCAUGGACCCGGCUCUGGUCACGCACCUGAACUCGAUGUACUUCGAGGGUCGCGCCCCGAACGAGGGCUCGGUUCUUCUGGCAGCGCUGGCCCAUCACACGCCGGCAUUGUACAAGAGGACCGCGCAGGCCCUGCCGCGGGCGACCCGCUGCCUGGCGGGCUGGCGCCGUCGGGUGCCGACCAGGAUGCGCCUGCCGCUGCCUCGCCGGGCUGCUCUCGCCAUCGCAGGGACGAUGGCGUCGUGGGGCCAGCCGCGCAUGGGCCUGUUCAUCAUGGUGUCGUUCGUGGCCUACCUCCGCCCGCAGGAAGCGUUCCGGCUGGCGGGGCGGCACCUCGUGCCGCCGGUGGCCCACUUGGGCCAGGCUCCGACACCGUGGGGCCUGCUGCUGCACGACUCGGACCUCCAGUUGCCCGGCAAAACCAACCUGUGGGACGAGAGCGUGCUCCUGGACCAGGCGCCCUGGCUCGAGUCCGCCCUGGAGGCGCUGAGGAUCGUGGCGGGGGACGGCCCCCUCUGGGAUUUCCAGCCUACGUCGGUUGCUCGGCUCUUCGUGGAUGCGUGCCGGGCCCUGGGCCUGAUGCACCUGCAGCCCCACCUGUACUCCCUCCGCCACGGGGGGGCCAGCGAGGACUUGCUGUCAGGUGCGAGGACGGCGGAGCAAGUCAUGCGGCGUGGCCGUUGGGCCACCAUGGCCUCUCUGCGCCGGUACGGCAAGGAGACCCGCCUCCUACGGGAGGCUGCCAAGGUGGACCCCGACGUGCUGCUGUUCGGGGAGCUCGUGGAGCAGUACUUCCUGGACGUCUUCCGGGGCGGCCCGUCGCUGCCGCUUGUCAUGGACGCGGUGCCGGCGGCCCUCCGCCCCCGCCUGCUGGCAGGGCCCGGGGCCCCCGCCGCCAAGUGGGCCCGCCG